AUUGCUCUUAUAGCUAAGAGAACCUUUGCACUCAUUCACCACAGCUUCAACAGCGAAGCAGCCAGAGAAAAUAAGAAAAGAUGGCGAGAAAACCCUAUCUUUCCAUCUCCUCUCUCCCACUCCUCCUCCUCCUCCUCCAUCAAACUCAAUCCCAACCGUCCAUCACAGGCUACACCUGCUCUCUUAAUCAAUCCAACCAUCCAUGCCAGACCUACGUCUUCUACAGAGCCACAGUCCCAGACCUGGUCACCAUAGCCGACCUCUUCGGUGUGAGCAGGCUAUCAAUAUCAAAAUCCAGCAACAUAUCAUCCCCAUCUUCCCCUCUCAUUCCAGACCAGAAUCUCCUCAUCCCAAUCACCUGCUCUUGCAAUUCCAAUCUCUCCUCUUUCAACACCUCCUACCAAAUCCAAUCCGGCGACACCUUCUAUCUUCUGUCCACCUACCAAUUCCAGAACCUCACCACAUAUCAAGCCGUCCAGGUUGCUAAUCCUUCUCUAGUCCCCACCAACCUCCAAAUCGGCGUUGAUGUCAUCUUCCCCAUCUUUUGCCAGUGCCCCAACAAAACCCAAUUGGGUAAUAACAUCAAAUACCUCAUUACAUACGUUUUCCAACCGUCCGAUACUCUCGAUUCUGUCGCCACCAAGUUGGGUUCCGACGUCCGCUCUCUUGUAGCUUUGAACGGCGAAAAACCCCCUAUUUUCUCUACCAUUUUAGUCCCUGUUUCUAGAAUCCCUUUACUGAAGCAGCCCCUUGCUCUGCCUUCUCCUUCCACUCCAACGCCUUCUCCUUCCACUCCAACCCCAUGCGGGAGGAAGGGUGUUGUUGUAAAACUGGCAAUUGGGUUGGGUAUUUUAGGAGCUUUGCUGGUUGUUUCGAUCGCUGUAAUCACAUGGUUUUGGUGGGUUUUGCUGAAGAGGAGGAGAGAAGGAAGGGAAGACAAGGAGAAGGGAAAAAAGGAGCGAUUUGGGUCGAUGUCUGGAGAGGAUUUCAUGGCGGAUGUAUCAGAUUGCUUGGAUAAGUAUAAGGUGUAUGGGAUUGAAGAUGUGAGAGAAGCUACAUUGGAUUUUGAUUAUACGUGUUUGAUUCAAGGCUCUGUUUAUAAGGGUUGCAUAAGAGAUGAGGUUUUUGCUAUCAAGAAGAUGAAAUGGAAUGCUUAUGAAGAGCUGAAGAUCUUGCAGAAGGUAAACCAUAGCAAUCUGGUGAAGCUGGACGGCUUCUGCAUCGACCCUACUGAUGGUGGCUGCUAUCUGGUCUAUGAGUACGUGGAAAAUGGUUCUCUUCAUUCAUGGCUUCAUGGAUAUGGCCACACCAAGCAACUCGACUGGAAGGCCCGCCUACAGAUCGCCGUCGAUGUUGCGAGUGGGCUCCAAUACAUCCAUGAACACACUAGACCUAGUGUGGUCCACAAAGACAUCAACACAAGCAACAUUCUACUGGAUGGUAGCAUGAGAGCCAAGAUCGCGAACUUUGGCCUAGCUAAGUCUGGCUGCAAUGCCAUGACCACGAACAUCGUAGGGACCCGAGGCUACCUCGCGCCGGAGUACAUUGCCGAUGGGAUUGUUACCACUAAGAUUGAUGUUUUCGCUUUUGGGGUGGUGUUGUUGGAGCUUGUGAGUGGAAAUGAGGCAGCAGAUAGCGAAGGGAGAGCAAUUUGGAUGGAUGUUGAUUGGAUUUUCAAGGGAGAGGAGGUUGAGAGGGAAGAGAGAUUGAAGGGAUGGAUGGAUGGGGCACUUGUGAGGCAAUGCUGCAAUAUGGAUGGUGUGAUGAAUGUGAUGGCUGUGGCUAGAGCUUGUUUACAAAGAGAGGCCGCCAAGAGGCCCAGUAUGGUAGAUAUUGUGUACAUGUUGUGUAAGGCUGACGAGUUGUUCUUUGAUUUUUCUGAGGAUGGGCUCCCCAUUCCUAGUCGUGUCAUGGCCAGAUGAUUAUUCAAGAGAUGGAAAAUGGGAGUUUUUAUGUAUACCAAUUGAUUUUUCAGUUGAAUAGCAAAACAAUCUAUACUUUGUAA